AUGUCUAUUGAGACAUUGCCAGUAGAAUUAUUUCAUUGUAUUUUGGAUAAUCUUGACACAGAAACAAUCGUUUUUUCAGUUCGACAUGUAUGUCGAUUAUUUCGAUCGUUUGUGAAUACCUAUGAUCGAUAUAUUUUGAAUUUAAUCUCAAUUUCAAAACGAAAUUUUCAUCUUCUUUGUCGAUUAAUCCAUCCACAUCAUGUUAUAUCAUUGAAACUUUCAAACGAAGAACGAAUAGCAGAUCAAAUAGAUUUAUUUAUUUCACUUAUUCGUCUACGUCAAUUUACUCGACUUUAUUCAAUAACUCUUCUUGAUAUUAAGGAAUGUCAAUUAAAUUUCAUUUUGAAACGAAUUAAUCUUAAUUUACUUACUUCAUUUUCAUUCAAUAUUAAAAGAUAUGAUGACAGACGUAUUCAAACAACCAACAAAUAUCUUCGAUCAAUCGUAUCUCAAUUGAAUUUUCGAAAAAUGGAAUUUAAUUUAAAAAAUGAAAGAAUAUCAAAAUUUUCAUGGCCAUGUAAUUGUUCAAUUCAAUAUUUGAUUAUAAAUGAAAAUAUAUCUAUGAAUAAUCUUUCGAAUAUACUUCAAUGUUCUCCUCAUUUACACAAAAUUAUUUUGAAACAGGAACUUGAAGAUAUCAUCACAAAUGUAUCUUUAAAAUCUACACGUCCAAUAUAUUUUCCACAGUUGACAUCAUUAACUAUGGAAAAAUAUUCUAUGACUAUUGGUGAAUUGGAACCAUUUAUUUCAUUAACACCAUCACUUGUAUAUUUAAAACUUAUUGGUGGACAAUAUAUAUUCGAUGGAAAACGAUGGGAACAAUUCAUUGAAAUAAAUCUACCUAAUUUAGAUAAAUUUGAAUUUUAUUUUGAUUAUUGGAGUUUAGAAAAGAAAACUUCAGAAGAUCUUGAACUAAUUAUUGCAUCUUUUCGAACUUCAUUUUGGAUUGAACACAAAAAAUGGUUUGUUGCUUGUGCAUAUGAUAAUACACGAUCAAACAUCAUUCAUCUUUACUCAAUACCAAUAUGCAAAUCUUGUUUAAAUUACAAUAUCGAAUUAUAUAAAAAUGCACUUUUCAAUAGUACCACAAUAAUGAGCAAUCAUCAAUGCAUAUAUAAUGAUGUCAAUUCUCUCUAUCUAUAUUUAAAUAAAGUAUUAGCCAAUUAUAUACAAGAGAAAUAUCUUCAUUUGAAUAUUUUCAGAAAUCAACGACGAGUCAAAUUAUGUUUUCAAACGUAA